UCAGACCAAAUUCAACACGUUCCAUUUUGUGUUUUUGCGAUUCAGGAGAUUACAGAAAACACUGAAGUCGUUCAGCCAACAUUCUUUUGAUUUUCCAGUAAGAUUUUAAAAAAACAAGCAAUGUCACAGGACAAAUUCAGCACUUCUACAUCUGUCCCAGAAAUAAGAGAGGAAUCAGCCACACUGUACAUGUCAGCAGAGAGCGAAAUAACGGAGCGUAUGGAACUUCAACAGAGAAUUCGUGAUCUCCGGUUGGAGUUAAGGGACGUAGAGGCCCAGAAUGCUUUGUAUAAGGCAAGUUUCCGAGGCGUACGAGAUCAGCUCAAAGAAAUGCUCAACACUAAAGUGCCCAAGCUGGAAAAACUGAGGGAGACAAACCAAAAAGAGAUGGACAGUCUAAAAGAAGCACUGGAUGUUUUUCAGAGAGAAAAACAGUAUGGAAAAGUGUUCAAGACGAUGCCCGAAGAGCUGAGUGAUGCCAGGGAUGAGGUGACUCUGCUUCAAUCUCAGUUAAGAAAAACUGAAGCAGAGAAUGAAAAUUUGCUGGCAGAGGUUGACACCCUCCAGGAAAAGAAGAAAGUCUUAUCUCAAAAAAACUAUUGUCUCACUGCUGAACUAGCCCAUCUCCAAAGUGUGACUGAGGAAAAACACGAGGAGACUGGAAAUCUGAGACAAAAGAUAUCUAAGCUUGAGGAUCAGGUGAAGGAGGCUGAAGCUGACAAACAGGCCCAAGUGGAAUCUGUGGAGGCCAAAAUGCAGACAGAGAUUCAAACAAUGAAAUCAUCCCUGAGUGAUCUUCAGGUAAAGGCCGAAUCCCUCCUGCAUCAAAAAAACUGUGCUGUUGCUGAGCUGGUCCAGGUUGAAAGCCUGGGAGACGAGCAAAGGAAAGAGAUCGCAAAGCUUCGGAGAGCUUUGGGAGAUUCAGAAAACCAGCGGGCAAAGGCUAAAAAUGAAAUAAUGAUGAAGGAAGAUGAAUUAGAAAAACAGAAGAGGGUAAUUACAGGUAAACAGGAAGAGAUAAAUGAUCUGAAACAAAAGAUAUUCACACUUGAGGACCAGGUGAAGGAGGCUGAAGCUGACAAACAGGCCCAAGUGGAAUCUGUGGAGGCCAAAAUGCAGACAGAGAUUCAAACAAUGAAAUCAUCCCUGAGUGAUCUUCAGGUAAAGGCCGAAUCCCUCCUGCAUCAAAAAAACUGUGCUGUUGCUGAGCUGGUCCAGGUUGAAAGCCUGGGAGACGAGCAAAGGAAAGAGAUCGCAAAGCUUCGGAGAGCUUUGGGAGAUUCAGAAAACCAGCGGGCAAAGGCUAAAAAUGAAAUAAUGAUGAAGGAAGAUGAACUGGAAAAACAGAAGAGGGUAAUUGCAGAUAAACAGGAAGAGAUAAAUGAUCUGAACAUAGAAAGAGAAAUUAUGAGACAGAUAACUGAAGAUCUUAAGGAUCAGGUGAGCUUGCUCCAGGAGGAAAAGAUCUUGGCGGAGGAAUGUGAAACUGAUGAAUCAGAAGAAAUGGAUGUUCCUGUUGCAAACCUGCCUCCUAACACAGUUCAGAAUAGUGGAUCCUGGUUUCACGGUGUCACACGCCUACUUAAAGCAGGUUUGGUUUUUGCCAUGACAACCCUUCUAAUUUCUACAGCUGUCUUGGCAGCCUCACGGUUUUCUCCAGACUGCAACUUUGAAUGUGGACCAGUUCCCUUUUAA